UCUCUCUCUCUCUCUCUCUCUCUCUCUCUCUCUCUCUCUCUCUCUCUCUCUCUCUCUCUCUCUCUCGUCUUACUGCGUCUAUUUCCAUCGACCUUCCUCCGAUUCUUCAAUCACAAAUUCCCUUAUAAACCCAAAAAGCUCUCUCCAGAUCUUCACAAAAAUACUUGAUAGAAUUUCAGAUCCCGAUCCACCGACAAUGUCAACCACCGUCCCCCCGUCCUCCCGAUCUCCACCACCUCUGUCGCCGCCGCCGGAUCCAUCGAGUCCCAGGCCUCCCAGCCUCGGAUCGCCACCCUGGCCUUCCGCGCCUUCAUCAACCACAUCACCGACACCGUCCGCAACAGCCUCUCCCAGCGCCGCCCCUGGGCCGAGCUUGCCGACCGCUCCGCCUUCGCCAAGCCCGAGUCCUUCUCCGCGUCCGCGUCAACUACCUCGCCGUCGUCGCCCUCAUCAUCACCGUCUCCCUCUUCACCCACCCCUUCUCCCUCGGCCUCCUCGCCGCCUGGCUCUUCCUCUACCUCUUCCGCCCCUCCGAUCAGCCCCUCGUUAUCUUCGGCCAGACUUUCUCCGACACCCAAACCCUAAUGGGCCUCGUCGGCCUCAGCGUCUUCGUCGUCUUCCUCACCUCCGUCGGGGUGUGUUACAAGGGAUUGAAGAGAUUUCAUACUGUGUUUGUAGAGAGCGAGGUUGCGAAUCACCUCGGAUGAAAGAAGCCAUCGACCAUCAAAAUUCGUUCCUCGUGCUUCAACCCGAGACCAUGGAGAAGCUCCAGCGACAACACAAUCAGAUCCCCAAUUUCAGCACUGAGUAGGAGGCUGAAACCAUGGCAGUGAUUGAACCUAAGUUGAUUUCAGCAAUCGAUCCCCAGAAAGUUGAAAUAAAAUGAAUAAUAUCAAGAAUCUGAUCAAUUUCAAUUCCGGAACUGCAAAGAAGCAAUAUGACUGGAUACUGGACCAUGAAUAGAAGCAAUUGUUGACCGGGAAAAAAAAAAAAAGCAAUUGAAACUCUGACUCUGAUUCCUACCCGUUGGUCCCACCAUGUCAGAAUUGCAAAGAAGCCACGCUCAGCAAAACUGAGACAAUUAAGGGGAAAGCAACCCCUCUACAGGGCACUGACCCAAAAAAAAGUGGCUGCAGCGUGGCAAUUACCUAUUGACACGCACAUGUGUGUCCUUUGGCCCAAAUAUAUCACGAAUGUGUAUGUGGCCAUUGCCAAUAAUUGUAGUAGUGUCAUCAAGAUUGAUUGAUUGCCUUUGGCUCAUA